CUGAUUAUGGAACCGAAAUGGUGUUUCCCUUCAUUUGGAUAACUGAUCGGCAGAAAUAAUGCCGUCGGCGUUCACCUUUCUUCUCCCCCUUCGUUUAGUUUGAAAGGCUUUUGUGACGCAGGUUGAAAGUGACCUUCCCUCCUAGUUUGAAGUUUGUUGAUGUAUUCUGUUUGCCUUUUUUCUGAAGAUACCGCAAACGAUGGCAACAAAUACACGGGUGAUAUGCACACAUGGGACUUCUUAUCUCCUCACUUCCGUGACUAGUGUCGCGAACGAUUGUGCUUGAGAUUUCACGUCACUGAAUCGAUUGUUAGACGAUGAUGAUCACCAUCAUCAGGCACGUCAAGUUUUUCAUGCACGACCGUGGCCGUUUCGCCCCAGUCUAUUUGACGCUGGCAGUAAUGGUCGGUCGCCGCCGUGUUCCAUACACGAAUGAUUCAUCACAAUCGUGCGGCGGCGUGGUGUGAUCAGCAGUAGCAAAAGCAUCCAAGCAUGCCUGUAGGCAAGGUCACCUUAAGAAGGGGGGGGGGCUGUGUUAGAUCUGCCAAACCAAAAGACCUUCUGCACGAUGGCAACAAAAACAAACGGCGGAUUAGCGAGCAAACACCGCAUGUGUUGUUGGAGCUUGCAUAAUGGUCUAUCAACGAUUGGUGGUCUACAGAAUACGUGCCGGAUCGUGCCGUGUGCCCUAUGACCUCUGGCAACAAAAAUGUGUGCGAUUUGGUGGUUUCGAUUUAAUUGAUGGGCUCGUUGCUGGGGGGAAACGUUGGCAUAAGUGCGUUUUAAUGACGAUGGCUGUAUGCGCUGUUUUUUGCAUUUCAGGAAAGCUGAUAUUGCACUGAUCGGUUUGGCCGUGAUGGGACAAAACUUGAUCCUCAACAUGGAUUCGAAGGGUUUUGUCGUGUGCGCCUACAAUCGUACUGUGGAUAAGGUGACCCAUUUUCUGGAGAAUGAAGCCAAAGGUACCAACAUCAUCGGUGCCACCUCCCUGCAGGAUAUGGUGAACAAGCUGAAGAAACCGCGCAAGAUCAUGAUGCUAGUUAAAGCCGGCAGUGCGGUCGAUGAUUUCAUUAACCAGCUGCUUCCGUUGAUCGAGAAGGGCGAUGUGAUCAUUGACGGCGGUAACUCGGAACACCAGGACUCGGCACGCCGUUAUGAGGAGCUGAAGGCCAAGGGCAUCCUGUACGUCGGCUCGGGUGUUAGCGGUGGAGAGGAAGGUGCUCGCUAUGGACCUUCCCUCAUGCCCGGUGGACACCCGGACGCUUGGCCGUUGAUUAAGGAUAUCUUCCAGGCUAUUUGCGCCAAAUCAAACGGCGAUCCGUGCUGCGAAUGGGUGGGCGAAGGCGGUGCCGGUCACUUCGUGAAGAUGGUGCACAACGGCAUCGAGUACGGUGACAUGCAGCUGAUCUGCGAAGCGUACCAUCUGAUGCUGGCGCUUGGCAUGACCCAGAAGGAGAUGGCGCAGGAGUUCGACGAGUGGAACAAGGGCGUGCUGGACUCGUUCUUGAUCGAGAUCACCCGGGACAUUCUGAACUAUCGCGACGAUGAGGGAUACUUGCUGGAGCGUAUCCGUGACACGGCCGGCCAGAAGGGCACGGGCAAGUGGACGGCAAUCGCCGCCCUGCACCAUGGCGUCCCGGUGACGCUAAUUGGCGAAGCGGUCUUCUCCCGCUGCCUGUCGGCGCUGAAGGAGGAGCGUGCUCGGGCCAGCAAACAGCUCGCUGGGCCCAGCACGAAAGCGUCCGUCGCGGACCGCAAGCAGUUCCUCACGCACAUCCGCAACGCGCUGUACUGCGCAAAGAUUGUAUCGUACGCGCAAGGAUUCAUGUUGCUGCGCGAGGCGGCCAACGAGUACAAGUGGAACUUGAACUACGGUGGCAUUGCGCUGAUGUGGCGUGGCGGUUGCAUCAUUCGCAGCGUCUUCCUCGGCAACAUUCGGGACGCGUUUGUGCGCAAUCCGCAGCUGUCGAAUCUGCUGCUGGAUGAUUUCUUCAAGAAGGCCAUGAUGGACAACCAGCAGUCGUGGCGUGAGGUGGUUAGCCAGGCAGUACUGUGGGGCGUGCCGGUGCCGGCUCUGUCAGCUGCGUUGGCAUUCUUCGACGGUUACCGCUCGGAACGGCUGCCGGCAAAUCUGCUCCAGGCACAGCGUGACUACUUCGGUGCGCAUACCUACGAGCUGCUCGGCAAGGAGGGCAAAUUUGUUCAUACCAACUGGACCGGCAAGGGUGGCAAUGUGUCCGCCAGUACUUAUCUGGCCUAAGACCCUGUGCCUCCCGGUUUGAUUGGCACUCACCAUUCCAUCAUCGCAGAAUCACAAUCUCCUUUAUAUCCCCUUUCCGGAAACAGUGUUUGGCAUUGUUUGGCAUUUGCUCAUUGAUUUCGUCAGUACACGUAUAUGCGGUGCAGCAGUUAUUUAUUGUUGAUAUUUUUGUUCUCUGUUUUCCUUGUAAUAAAAAAAGUUUAACACGAAUAUUGAUCC